GAGUUAGGUUGUGAAUUUUUUGCGGGGUCCCCAUAACGUUGUUUUGAUCCCAUUGGCGUUAGGUAGUGUAAAUAUUAGUGCCCCUACAGAUAAAAGUUGGUAAGCUUAAAACGUAGUAAAAUAAAAUUACUUCAAAUGACAGAGAAAGUGGAUCCGCAGUCGAAGGAGACGAAACCUAUUGCAGAAGGUGAAAUCAGAGUAACCACACUCGGCAGGGUUUCAAACUAUGUUACCUACGCCAAAAAAUUACUCUCCAACGGUAUUCCAGUCAUCACCAUCAGAGGGACCGGAAGAGCCAUGAGCAACGUAGUCGAAACCGCAGAAAUACUCAGACACAUGAUCAACGGACUACACCAAGUCACAACCGUCGAUACCCAAGACAGAUUGGCUGAUGGGAAGAGUAAGUCUAAGGACACGAAGUUUAGUGUUUGUUUUUUGACGAUAUCGUUAUCUCUGGACCCGAGUAAGAUUGACACAAAGUCUAUCGGCUAUCAAGCACCCCUGACCAAAGAAACACUUGACGGCGUCGACGUGGACCAAUUACUACACUCCAAACGUGGACCACGCUCCAACUCACGUAGGAACCACAAAGCCGGUUCUAACAAGUAGACAGGAAGAAUCCAACUACCAAUCAAGAUUACUAAUCCAACUACUAAUCCAACUACUAAUUGUGAUUACUAAUCAAAAUUAUUAAUUGUGAUUACUGAUGAAAAUUGCUGGUUGUGAUUCUGAUGAGUUCUGAAUGUUGUCCGCUGUACAAAGAAAA